CACCUCAACCAGCUGCUGCCUUGUUAAAGCCUAGCUGGUAGCAGCAAGUUGCCUACGGCGAGCGAGCCCGUGUUUGCAGUUCGGUGGAUCAGUGCGAUCUGAGUGUUAAGACAAGUAGCCAUGGAGAACUCUGAAAAUUCAGUGGAUUCAAAAUCCAUUAAAACAUUUGAAACAAAGAUCAUCCAUGGCAGCAAAUCAAUGGACUCUGGCAUAUCCUUGGAUAAUAGUUACAAAAUGGAUUAUCCUGAAAUGGGUGUAUGUAUAAUAAUUAAUAAUAAGAACUUUGAUAAAAGCACAGGAAUGUCACCUCGGUCUGGUACAGAUGUAGACGCAGCAAACCUCAGAGAAACAUUCCUGAACUUAAAAUAUGAAGUCAGGAAUAAAAAUGACCUUACACAUGAAGAAAUUGUAGAAUUACUGUACAAUGUUUCUAAAGAAGAUCAUAGCAAAAGGAGCAGCUUUAUUUGUGUAAUUCUGAGCCAUGGUGAGGAAGGAAUAAUUUUUGGAACAAAUGGACCUGUUGAACUGAAAAAAUUAACAAGUUUCUUCCGAGGAGAUUAUUGCAGAACUCUAGCUGGGAAACCUAAGCUUUUCAUCUUUCAGGCCUGCCGGGGCACAGAACUAGACUGUGGCAUUGAGACAGAUAGUGGUUCUGAUGAUGACAUGCCAUGCCAGAAAAUACCCGUAGAGGCUGACUUCCUGUAUGCAUAUUCCACAGCACCUGGUUACUAUUCCUGGCGAAAUUCAAAGGAUGGAUCCUGGUUCAUCCAGUCCCUUUGUGCCAUGCUGAAAUGCUACGCGAGCAAGCUUGAACUGAUGCACAUUCUUACGCGGGUUAACUGGAAGGUAGCAAGAGAAUAUGAGUCCUUUUCCUUGGAUUCCAUGUUUCAUGCAAAGAAACAGAUUCCAUGCAUUGUAUCUAUGCUCACAAAAGACCUGUAUUUCCAUCACUGAAGAGAUGCUGAUUCUCUUUUUUUUCUUUUUUAGUUUCUAUGCCAAAUGAGAAGACAGUAGAUAAUACUUUACUUUCCUCCCAUUUAAAUCUCAUGUGAUACUCUAGAUGAUACUUGUACCAUACCCACUUCGCAGAACCACAAUCACACUACCUCAAACUCAAUCACAGGUAGUUGAAACUGAAUGUGAAUAGGAACAAAUAAACACAGAGCAUGGUACCAUUAUUAUGAAAGGCAACGAUUAAACUUCUGUCUUUGAUAAUUAGCAAGAUUUGAGGGUCCUGUGCUAUGAAUUAUCAAGUAAUUAUAAGGAAGUUAAGACUUCCAUGAAUUUCAUGAUCCUCUCUCCCUACAUUACAACUGGGCAAUCCUAGCUUUUGUCGUACUAUAGAUAUGGAGAUGUGGAGUCAUGAGCACUCCGGGAUCCAAGAACUUGGUCAAACUCUUGAACUUUCCUUUUCAAACUGAUUUAUGAAAAUGAAUUGAAUGGACUGCAUUUUUAGAUCGUGUUACCAUAACUCAUGGUUUUGUAAUGUUUUUCCUGAGCAUGUUGUUGUGGGAAAAAAAUGUUUACUAUUGAAAAAGAAGCUAAAUAUUUAUUUGAGAGAAAGUACAAGUAAACCAAGUUGAUUCUUUUAAGGCUAAUGUGUAACAUUCAGAGAGAAACCUAACUAUAAGGUGCUAAGAUGAUCUACCAGCAUGUUUAUUCUCGCUGUCUUUAUACAAAUCAGGUGAGAUGUACAGACCAGCCAAGUUUUUUUAAAAAAACAAAAAACCUCAAACUUGAUAAGAAAUUCUUCAUGAACAUACUAAUAUUCCAUGUGUACAAUAAAUAGUGGAGCAUAAGGAAAACAACGGUCAAUGGACUGAGCGCUGUAAUUUGAGGAGUCUGACUAAAACAUGGCUCAGCCUAUUGAAUGGACACAGAGCUCCAGCCAGGCUCUGGAGAAGGACCACCAGCUGCCGUCUUCAGACAUACAUACAGUAGGGCCUGGAGGACGUCCCAAGGUAUAAAUCACCCUGUAAUAAAGUAACCAAAUUUCUGAAAGGGAGCUCAUCCAGAGGUGGUGGGAAUCACAAUGAAAACAAUAAUACUUGUAGUCAUAUUGGUCAGCCUGUGAUUUUUUCUGUUUAAGUUUACAAUCAAAAGGAACAGCAUGCUACUGUUUAUACUGUAACCUGGGUGGAAAGGAUGGAAGGCACCCUGACUCCGGAAGCUUCCCUCCAGAGUCCUGCAGAGUGCAUGAGGAAGCUACAGGUCUGAACUCAGCGCCCCCAGGAAGCUGGGAUCCAGGCUUCCUCCCUCCCUGAGGGGCUGAGCCCUUCCUUACUGGCUCUGACAUUUCACAGGAGUUUCUUCCUCAAAGACACAACUCAUAUUUGUAAUCCAUUACUGUUUUGUUUUGAUUAGAUCUGUUAACUUUUUCUAAGUAACUAUAGCAUGUAAUGGCAUUUUAAAGUGUGUGUCUGUGUGACGAUUUUUAUUAAAUUGUUAUUUUGCAUUUUUUAAAUUUCAAAACAUAAAUUUAAACUUAGAAUCACUGGUGGGUUCGAGUUUUUUGUGUUGAUGUUUUGAGUUUGUGCUAUUAAGUAGAAGUUAAAAUCUUGAUAACCAAGAAUUGACUUUGGAAGAGUCCAAGAGGGUACAUCAAGGCCCUGACCUGGUAUUUUGUUUGAGAUGUUGGUAAAUAAUCAGCCUUUUUCGGUGUUCAAGCUCCUUGCAGAAAGAUGCAAAAAUAAGUAGGUUCAGUCCUUAAAUAUGACCAUCUUUUGAAUUUUCUACAACCCAAAUUUUUAAUAGGAACAGUAAGGAAUAAAAACAAGCAAAAGUACAGGCUG